UAAUCGUAAAAUGGUAGCAAUAAAUGGAACUAAGUGUAAGUAUCAUAUUCAUACUUGUAUUUGUCCUUUUGUAUUUACUUGUAUUUAUCUUGCCAGCAUAUUAAAACUAAAAGGUAAAACUGAAACAACACUAUAAAAUGCAGUUUAGUCCUGAUGAGGUGGUUUGAAGUCUGUAGGUGGUUUGAAAUCUGUGACUUUUCACCAUGAAUCAAUAUGUGGUUGGACAGAUUUGACGUAUUACAGUACAUAUCUCCUGCCAACAAUGUGGUUAUCUACAUAGCAUUCAUCUUUGCAAUGUCAGCAAGUUUUGAAAAGUUAGCUGGACAAAAACAGUUAUGUAAAAAAUCUCUACACAUUUGCAACUUGAUAGACAUUGAGCUGUGUUCUCUAGAAUAACAAGACAGCAUCAUGAUGCGGUAGUGUCACGUUUAUUUUGGCUUCGCACCAAGUUAUACAUAGAAAACCAAGUCUGUACACUUCCAGCCAAGAGUCUCUGACAGACCUAUAUUAGGACUGCUCACUCUGCUAGUUGUUUCUAAAAAGACAAUACAUUAUGAUGCAUAAGUGCUUGCUUAUGUUUUAAAAAGUUUGGAACAACAGAACAAAGUGCCCAAACCUUUUAUCUCUGGGUGCCAAAGUACAGUUUUUGUGGUGUGCCAAGGGUAAAGAAGAACAAUGUUAUAAUCUUUGAAUGAAGAUGUCAAAACAAUAUGGAUCUGUGUUCACAUUGCAUUUUGGUCCAAAGAAAGUGGUUGUUUUGGCAGGAUAUCAAACUGUCAAGCAAGCCCUGGUGAAUCAUGCAGAGGAAUUUGGAGAGAGAGAUAUCAAUCCCAUAUUGUACGACUUCAACAAAGGAUACGGAAUUCUGUUUUCCAAUGGGGAGAACUGGAAAGAGAUGAGACGUUUUGCCCUCAACACCCUUCAAGACUUUGGUAUGGGCAAAAGGGGGAGUGAAGAGAAAAUCAUAGAAGAGACACAUUACUUGAUAGAAAUGUUCAAAGAGUCUAAAGGAAAACCGUUUGAUACAACACAGCCUGUGACUUAUGCUGUCUCAAAUAUUAUCUCAACCAUUGUGUAUGGCAGCAGGUUCGAGUACAGUGAUCCUGUGUUCAAAGGCAUGGUUAAACGGGCUAAUGAGAACAUUCGGCUAACUGGUUCAGCAUCAAUACAGUUGUACAACAUGUUUCCCUGGCUUCGUUUCUGCCUAAAAAACUGGAAACGCAUAAUGAGUAACUGUGAGCAAAACAUCAAAGAGAUAAAGGUCCUGAAGGAUGGUCUUCAAGAGACACUGAACUCACAGGAAAGCAGAGGCCUGGUUGAUUGUUUUCUUGUACGCAAACAGUAUGCAGAGGAAUCCAGAGAAAAGAACACUCUGUUCCAUGAACAGAAUCUCAUUCACACAGUCACCAACCUGUUUGCUGCUGGUACUGACACAACUGCUGCAACCCUUCGCUGGAGUCUUCUGCUAAUGGCCAAGUACCCUCAUGUGCAGAAUCGAGUUCAGGAAGAGAUUGACAGGGUGAUUGGAGGUUGUCAGAUAGUGAUGGAGGACAGGAAGAAAUUGCCUUACACUGAUGCAGUGAUCCAUGAAACCCAGAGACUGGCCAACAUAGUACCCAUGGGUUUACCCCACACCACCACCUGUGAUGUCCACUUUCAGGGCUUCAUCAUUAAAAAGGGUACUUGCGUAGUUCCUUUGUUGGCAUCUGUGUUGAGGGAUGAGAAUGAGUGGGAGAGCCCCAACACCUUCAACCCAGAACACUUCCUUGAUGAUCAAGGACAGUUUGUUAAGAGAGAAGCCUUCAUGCCAUUUUCUGCAGGGCGCAGGGUGUGUCUGGGAGAGAGUCUGGCCAGGAUGGAGCUUUUCCUCUUCUUCACCUCCCUCCUGCAACACUUUCGCUUCACACCUCCACCAGGUGUGUCUGAGGAUCAGCUGGACCUCACUCCAGCUGUGGGCUUGACAUUGCACCCCUCCACCCACAAGCUGUGUGCAGUUACCCGUAAGGCAUGACCUGUACACUUUCAAUCUCAAAGCAGGACAGUCCAUUUUCACCUCUUUGCAUGCAGUAAUACCUGCUGGAUUAUUACUGUGUAAUGUCAUGACCAGGUCUGGUUUUAACCAUUCUUCAUUUUAGUACUUCAAAGAAAAUCUUUCUUUCUUUCUGUCUUUCUGGACUAAAGAAACUAAAUUAAUGUUUGUUUCUCCAAAAUGGUAACUUUUCAACAGAAUGAUUGUUUUAAUGUAAUGUACAACAACAAACAACAAACUGCAUAUAUAUAUAUAUAUAUAUAUAUAUAUAUAUAUAUAUAUAUAUAUAUAUAUAUAUAUAUAUAUAAUGCGAAGGAUUCCCCCCAUUAAAUUAUAUUAUUCUACACUUCUACCUUUCUACACUUUUGUGUGUUAGACCUUUAUAUAAUCUUCAUAUUGCAUAUACAGUAGAACUUACUGGCUUUUAUCUACAAGUCUCUUAACAGCCAGAUACACUUCUGCUACCCAUGUAUUUACUGAGCUGGGUAAAUCUGCUUUUAGCUACUGUACUCCAGGGAACUGGGAUAUGGUACAAGCUACACUAAAACUUGACUUAUUUGUUCCUCUUGGAUUUCAGCCUUUUACUCUCUAAUUAUUUUUUGUUCUGAUAGUAAUUGUUUUUGGUGAUUAGCUUAAAUCUUUUUAUUAUGCUCUUGACUUUUAUUUUUUAUUGUCAUAUUGCUUUUAUUACUUAUCAUUGAGUUUUAUUGUGUUACAAGUCAGUUUCUUUUUCAUUUUGUUGCUUUUUAUUCCUUAUGUGAAACACGGCUACACUGAAAAUGAGGAUUCUCCUUAAUAUAAACCCAAGCUUAAAUAAAGAAAAAAGAUGAUGAUAAUGAUAUUCAGCCUAGUGUUAGCUAGUGAUACCUUAGUCUUCCAUUAGCUUAUUAGCUAGCUAAUAAUAGCUAGCGCUGACCACUUUAUUCCUGUAAACCAGCCAACUUACCCAGUAUCACCCAUUGCAGAGCAUGGGUUUAGCUUUGUUUGUAAUGUUUACUCACUUGACUGCUGCCAACCUAUUACGACAAUCCUGUUUCUGUCACAUGAGACAGACAAAUAAAUGUUUCACACUUUGCUAAACUUAACAUCUUUUUAAACAUGGGCUCACAGUCUCAUUUUACCCUGGGUAAGGCAAAGUUUCACAUUUUUUAUUUUAAAAGAGUGUAAAGCACUGUCUUAACCCUGGAUUAUGAAACACUGCACCAGAACAGGGUUAGCACCAGCUGUAACUUUGACCUUUACACAGGCUGAGUUCAUAAACACAGACUGCAUUUUGGUUGCUGUGGAGAAGACUGAGGAUAUGAUACUUGAUCCUAGGUCAGUAGAGGAUUAUGAGCCAGUGGUCAUGCAUGGUCAUUUGAUUACUUAAGUCUCCUAAUAUAGUCGAAGGCAAACGUUUGAAUACAUUUGGUCAAAUUCCAUGUUUUUUUUUUUAUUUGAAAUUAACACAUCAUACACAGAGAACUUAAAUAUGAUUAUGUUCUGUUCUUUUUAGAUCAUAAUUUAUAUUUAUCUGCUGAGUUCAACAUGGUGGAAAAAAAUAUAAAAUAAAAUGUGCCUUACAGUUUGCACAGACCACAUUUUAUGUUUUAUUUUUCCCAAUAUGUCAAAUUCUGUAUGUAAACAGUGACUGUGCAUCAAAUAUCCAAACUUCUGCAUGCAACUUUAAGUAUCUUGGUGUUUAUAUUGCACUGAACUGAACACUGACCUGGCGCAUCCAUGUGGAAAGCAUAUAUCAGCAGCAAAGACUUUUCUUAUUGUGAAUGUACAGGUUGAACCAGUUCAUGUUCUUGUAGUCAUCUCACAUUCCUGGGUAAGUGAUGUGGCAGAAGUUCUGUAUACUUAUUAUACACACUCAACUGGUAUGAAAACUCUUUGAUGCUGAUAUUCAAUUGGGCUUUUUUCUUCUUUUUUCUUUUUUUAUAGAUUUUGAACCUUCAUUCACUGUGAGCUGGAGUAUUUCUAUAAAUUUCCUUACUGACAUUUAUAUCAUGUGUGAUAUUUCCAAUGAAGACAAUAAAGACAAGUCUCAUGAGAACAUUAA